AUGAUGCUGCGGCUACUCGUGGCAGCUGCCCUGCUCCAGACCGCUGCCCCCAGGCUGGUCUACGAGCCGCAGGCCGACUUCUACGGCGCCGACGAAAUUACCGUAGAGGUCACGACCGACGCCGACGCUGAUAAUGCCUCGACCGUCAUACCUAUAGUCGUCGCUCCUAUCGACGACGCGGCGACGCUGCUUGUUUCCGGUGCGUUAACGGCAGAAGCUGGUGGCUCACAAAUCUGCGUGCUCGACAACGCAACGAUCAAUGACGUGGACGGAGGUGAUUCGAUGGUGUCUCUGGUCAUAGGGGCGGACCGCGGCGCUAUCACCUUAAAGCCGACGGCGCAUGAUGCGCAUGGCGUCCGUCUCGUGAAGGACGCGCCGCUGACGCUGGAAGCGACGCCAUUGCGACUGACGGCACUGCUGAGGACCUGCGGUAUUACGUAUGAACCGCCUCGCACGCCGGGGCCCGAUCUCGUGACGGCGUCGGUCGACGGAGGCCCUCCCUCGUCACUGGAUAUUGACGUCGCGCCAGCGGCGCCACCCACCUUAUUGGGAUGCGGCUCGGCCCCCGUAGUGGUGCAGGAGGGUGCUUCCACCAGUAUACCUCUCGUUUUUAGUGGAGGCGUCGAGGAUUAUCCAGUCAUGAAGCUCGCGUGGUCCUCGCCAUCUGUUGUGUCCAUCCUGAACGGCACGGACUCCCUCCUGUCCGUGGCGACGCCCACAUCUUUGGUGUUGAGCUCGCCGGCUUCACUAAGAAGGAUGGUCGCUUCGCAACUGCUAGUGUACAAAGGCGCAAAGCGAGGCACGCACGCCAUACGCUUCGAGCUCACGGGUUUAACUGAAUUGAACGGCACUUCCCUAGGAAUGUCGGAGGCGACGUGUUCGGUACGCGUCUCUCCGACGAACGCAAAACCGUCGUUCCUGGGCGACAUGUUUUGGAAGGGUGACGAGGACGCGCUGAUUUCCGUAAGAGGCAUCGUCGUAACGGAUGCGGACGCCGACGACGUGUCCCUCGACUUAGUAGCAAGUACUGGUAGAUUACUCCUAGCGGCGAAACCCGUCGGCAUAAAUAUCGCCACGGCCGAAGGCGAUGGCGCGUGGCCUCCGAACUCGUCUUCGUUAGUAUUGAGGGGCGGCGUCGACGCUGUGAAUCGAGCUUUGGAUGGGUUGCGGUUCGAGCCUCCCAGAGACUUCUCCGGCGAAGCGUCGAUCGACAUGCGCGUCGUCGACGAGGCGGGCGCGUCUGCCGAGGCCACGGCCAUUAUCGAACUAGAGGAGGUCGCCGACGCGCCGCAAUUCCUUGCGGGAGAAGCCGUCUCAGCGUUGGACGGCGCCGUCCACGCGCGGGAGGACGAAGUGAUGAGGCUGGGCGGGUCCAGUCACGGGUGGCCUGCGACGGGUGGUCAUGGGGAGGUCGUUUCAUUAGUUCCGAACGACCUUGGUAGUGUUGAUGCCGUCCUGUCCAUCAGCAUCGACCAUUUCACGGCCUUCCUGCUCCGGAACGACACGUGGCUGGAGCAUGGCGUCGCAGUUCUACAGAGUGAUGAACUACGCCUGAGCGGCACCGUACAAUCUUUGAGCGCCGCAUUGGCCGACAUUACAUUAAUCCCGUCACAAGACUGGCACGGCCACGCCCGUUUACGAUUGAAUCUCACUGAAGAUAAUAUAGAACUCGCCGCCACGACCAUAGAACUUGCGAUAGAGGGCGUGCAGGACGCUCCUGUACUCAUUGGUGCUGGACCGUAUGAGGUCGAGGAAGACACGUACCUACCGCUAGCUAUCUCCCUGGUAGAUCCGGACUACGAUCACGCGGAGGCACCUGAUGUAACGUGUUCGUUGCGAGUGUCCGCGAGGAGCGGCUCGUUACAUAUAAAAGGAGGCAAGGCGUUCGCGGCGGCGUCUGGUGCUAUACUCUUCGAGAAUGAUGGCAUCGAACUGAAGGGCACGCCCUCGUCGAUAACUUCCACGCUCGCAAAGCUAGAAUACGUGAGUGCCCCGGACUGGUCUGGCGACGACGUCGUCGACGUCGUCGCCGACGAUGGAGGCGGCUUUCCCGUUUCAGAUGCGUUAAUAGCGACGCUAGCCCUUCCGAUACGCGUCCAUGCGGUUGCUGACGCGCCGCGCGUCACGAGUCCAUCUCAAGUGUUAUUUGACGAGGCGUCGAAAGGUGUCGCACUAGGUAGGAACGGCACGAAGACCGAAACGCCCAUCCCAGGCGUGUCCGUCUACGACCCCGAUUCUGAGGUGGUCAGUGUGACGUUGACCGCUACUUCUGGUAGAGUCAAGGUCGUUGGCCGCGUCCAAGAUGUCGAGAGUGGUGCGGGGACGGAGUCGCCGUCGUCGUAUCAACGAACGCUUUCGUUGAGAGCGAACCAGGCCGCGUUGAAUGCUGCUCUCAGUACAUUAACGUGGGUCCCUGAUGAUGCCAUAGCGGAGCGCGACGGCUACAUCUCUGGUUCCUUGAAAGUGGAGGCCUCUGACGGUGUCUUGACGAAUGCCACUUCUAUCAGUAUAAGAGCAGCAGCUUAUAACGACCCACCGCUCAUAACGGGGGAUGUUGAGGACGUUCUGAUGAAGGAGGAUAGCGACUGGGUCUCACUACCAUCUCUGGAAGCGUCGGACGACGACGACCGUGCCCUAACGUUAAAAGUGUCCGCAAGGAGCGAAGGCGCGCUCGAGGUCCAUUCUAUCAAAACUUCAGCACUAAUCACGACGCGGUCCACGGCCGUCCACGUCGUCAGGGUCGUGAACGCUUCAUGGAACGCGUCGCAAGUGGAAAGGGGAGCCUUUCGCCUCGUCGUGGACUUAACAAAUAUAGAAGGUUUACCAGACGGCGCCGCGACAAGAGCCACGACCGAACCUAUCGCCUUCGACGCCGUCGCGAGAAUUGCUGAUGAAAGGACGGGUUCUGCGGGCGAACGACUGCGGGAAAGCGAUGGUUUAGAUGGUGAUUUAUCGCACCAGUCGGUAGAAGCAAAACUCAUGAGCCUACCGAACGUCAAGCGGGCCGGUCUCCGCGUUAGUGUGACGCGGGAGGAUUACGCCGCGUUCGGGUCGCAGCACUACGACCGCUACGACUCGCUUGGAGGGGCUAGAUACGUCGACGACUAUCAAGUGCGACGGUCGUACUACAAGUCCGUCGGUAGUAGGUACUCUAGACCGGCUCCAGUGAACGGCGGCCACGAGUGGCGCAUUACGUUUGAAGGUUCUACUCCUGAAGCCGCGUCGGCACCUGUCCUAAUUCAUGCGGAUGCGUCGAUCUGGGACGGUCUCAAACCAAGUGUGGAGACGGUGCGGCACGCGAAUGCUAUUCAUGGUUCGUUUUCUGUCCUUGUGAAGGGCUACUCUACUUCUGUACGACAUAACGCGUCGUCCACCGACCUAGAAAGAGCUCUCAUGAGCUUACCCUCGGUCACUGCCGUGUUAGUAACUAGAUCGGGAGAAAGUGAGUCGGGCGGCUUCGAGUGGCAUUGUACCUUCAUGGACUCUUCGGUCGACCUGCGAGUCGACGGUUCGCACUUGCGAGGCGAACACGCAUCAGUAACGUCCUCUCUAUUACGUGCUAGAUUCGGGGACCCGCAAUUACACAGAAUCGACGUGUCGCACGAUCCACACGUAUCCAUCCAUGCGCUAUCACUUAAGCGUGGAAGGAACUUCAUGAGGAUCGGCCUCGACACGCGGAACUGCUCCAUCUAUUCAGGUGGCAGUCACUACCUCGCGAGUGGCUCAUUGCGGUUCACGAGACCAAUUCCCAGAAUAGCGCCAGGUAGUGUGGAGGAAGAAGUGGAUGGGAUGGCGGAGUUCAAUCGCGGUUUCGAUCACGCCUACCCGCCCCACAGUCUACCGGGGCCCAAUUCUUCGGUGGAAGCGCACCUGUUGUCCUUACCUAAUUGGGGCGAUCUGGGGGAGGAGGCCUCUGUGUCCGUGUCGAAGCAUGACAAUGCCGGUACGACCGUGUGGAGAGUUACCUUUGUCAACACCCCACAUGCCCUCCCGCUCUUGCGCGUUCUCGCGGUCGAGGGCAACGACAAUUUGAAUAGGGAUGUCCUUGCGUUGAUAGAUGCCGAGGAAGACGUCUGGGAUUUGAUGAACACGUCUAUAACACGGUCAAAGUCGUACGCAUCAAGAGCGGGCCUCAAGUCACGUUUAUCAGAUGAAGCGUCGGCGGCGCUCGAGCGCGAGGCGUCGCAACUACGAGGCACGUGGAGAGUAAGGUGGGGUGCUGAUGAGACGUGGACGCGACCCUUGUCGACGGACGCGACGGCUUCGUCCGUCAAGGACGCUCUUGAGCGUUUACCUUCCUUACAAAGGCCCCACCCCGAUCGAAAGGCCCUGAUGGUUGUCUCGAGGGCAAGGGUACCGCAAGGCGGCUUUAUCUACUAUAUAGCGUUCGAACGCGACGCGUACGACUCUGGAGAUUUCCAGACGGACCCGUCACAACUGCGAGGCCCCUCCACGAAGCGGUGCCGCGUGACGCGUUUACGAGAUGCAACAAAUGCGGGAACGGUGCGUAUCAAUGCAAUAGCAUCACUUUCACGUAUAGAGGGCGACCCGCACUCUGGUAGUACUUCAUUUGUUGUAAAGGGCGCGCCGCAUUCCAUAAGCGACGUGCUACAGACGUGGGCCUUCCAACCGGCACGAAAUUACCACGGUCGCGUCGUGGUCGACGCUUCGGUGAAAGACGGGAGGAACGCCACGGCCUAUCAUGGGCUGUCAAUUGAAGUGGCGAAUCAGAACGAUGCCCCCUCUGUGCUGUUCCGAGAUGGUGCCGGCGCGUUAGCUGUCGAUGAGGACGCCGAAGCGAGAAUGACUGGUAUUGAAGUCGUAGACGUCGAUGCGGCACCGGGCGAGGUCCACACCGUUUCUAUAGAAGCGUUGCAUGGCGUGUUAGCGGUGCAUCAGACGGCCACCGACGCGCGUUUUGGCGGCGAGGCGUCGUACACCGAGACGCUGCGACGGGGCGGUUUACAAGAGGCGAACCGCGGCACGAGCACCAAUCCGGGCGUCCUGAAACGCAUGCCUGUAAACACGCAACGAGUACAUCCCGAGGCGGCGUCAUCUGUGAACGGCUCAUUAAUUAUCCAAGGGUCCCUAUCAACAAUAAAUUCAGCCCUCUCUACACUAUCGUACAUCUCGCAUGAGGACUGGCACGGCGUCGACACCGUAUCAAUAUCAGCAGAGGAUGCGUCGAACGCGUCGACGACCGCAGAACUUUUAGUAAGAGUGCGACCGGUCAACGACGUCCCCGCGUGGCACGUCGAUUCUACACAGCGAGAUGCGGAGGCCGCGCACCACCCAUCUCAUGCUUCGUCAGCUGGUCGAGGUACCUCCCUGUUAUAUGGCCGGUACGACCACCUGUCCGACGUUCAUGACGCGUCGGCAUUUUAUAGAAGGAACAACGCCACUUUGUCUCAUGGUGUGUGCGUGCCCGUCAUCAGUGCCGCGGUGGAUGCGCCCGUAGCGUACGGCACCUGUGCUGCGAAGUGGUCCUCGCCCGAAGACGAUUGUGUGGAUGAAGAGGGCUGCGUGUCAUGUGAUGAUGAUGAAAGGUGGUGCAUGCUUGACCAGGAAAGGUGGUGCUACUGUUCUACACAAGUCGACGUUGUGGUAGUGCCGUCGCGAUACGUCGACGAAGACCAGGGCUGCGUACUCGUAGGAGGUUUAUCGAUACAUGACGCGGACGUGCGGUUCGUCUACGGGCGAGAUUUUUCUUCUGAGGUAGCCUGGCCGGCUCAUUUGCAAAUCAGUGCGGCGGUCGACGAUGGGGUGGUAGCCUUGCGAGCUGGAGACAAGCGGGGCGCUUCCGCGGUCCUCGACCAAGCCUUCGAGGGCGACGUCUUCGAGAACCUCGAGGUGGUCAGUGGAGACGCUUCCCAAGGUUCUUCAGUAUUAGUCAUGCGCGGCACGCUGGGAGCCAUCAAUCUCGCUUUAGGAGGUUUAUGCUACCAAAGUGAUGAAAAUUGGAACGGCGUCGACGUUUUGCGCUUGACCGCUCGUGACGGCGGCGACGCGGCGCACGGCGCCGGCGGUAUCAAGACGAGCGAGGUACGUCUCGCAGUACAUGUCCGAGGCACAAGAGACGCUCCCGUGGUCACGGCACCGUUGAUGGAUGUAGAAGCUCUCGAAGAUGCAGUGAUCCAGUUCGGCGGCGAGAAGACCAGUGAAAUCUACGUCUCGAGUACCUUCUCGGUAGUCGACGGCGACCUCGAGGACCUCACGAAGCCGUUGAGGAGGUGGCUCGUUCCUGCAUCAGAGUCGCUGGAUUCGAUCAAUACAAAGACGUGGACCGGCCCCUGGCGCGAGGCUAAUAGGUUCGAUAGUGACUCCACAGAUGGCACCUUCGCCUACGUGGACGCAAAUCAUCCGACCUGGCUUGGGUCUAUAGAACCACAUGCUGAUGCGGGCCAGGUGUCUUCCGCGAAGCACGCGUUCACGCGCACACAAGUCAAAGAUUCGUAUUCGUUACACAUCUCUUCGCGAAGGGGCGGUCUAAGGCUGCCACUAUCAAAAGAUGAUGAUAAAACGUGGCCCCACGCUAUCGUACUACAAAACUACACGUUGUUUGAGACUAAUAGAGCACUACAAGGGAUACUCUACAAACCGGACCUUCAUUGGAACUCGCAGCAUGCCGCGCAAACGUUAGCUGACGUCGGUACCGCUGGUGGUGUUAUCGAUCAUGACAUAGCUCUGGAGAACAUCACAGUCGUCAUCGAGGACGCCACGGGAUUUAGUGGUACCGCAUCUGUCCUGUUCUUCGUGCACCCCGUGAAUGAUGCCCCUGUUCUACAGCAGCAAAAUGAAGUGACUCAUCUCGAAAACGCGUCAUCCGAUCAACUGACGAGGCUGCGCCUGAGUACCUCCACAAUACUCGUAGCGGAGGAUUCUACGAUCGAUGCCAUCGGUCUGAACGUGCGCGACGUCGAUUGUGGGGAUGUGGCCCACGGCGCGAUGGACGUGUCGGCCGUCGUCCACCGCGGCACGCUAUCGGUUGAUGCGACUGAUGCCACGGUCACCGGCGCGGGAGACAUGUUGCAUAUUCACGGUUCACCGGUAGAUGUUUCGAACGCAUUGGGUUCCCUAGCAUACACGCCCUCCAAGGACUAUGCCGGCGACGACGCCUUGUUUGUGACGGCAUCGGACCGGGGCAACGUCGGACGGGGCGGCGCCCAGCAAACGAGCCUGGAGGUGCCCCUGUUCGUCGAUUCCUCUUGUGACGCGCCCGUGAUCACACCAGUGAAGAAGGUCGUUUCUACGAAUGAGGACGCCGGCGUCUCCAUCGGGUUCGAGGUUGCUGACGCGGACCACGCCAACUUAAAAGAGCUGUACGAUCUUCAUAAAUUCCGCGAGUACCUGUAUACGGAUGAGGAUGGAUACACGUUGAACACGUCCGCGACGCGGACGUCGGCCACCUUUUUCCCAGAAGUGCAGGUCAUGCUGACCGCUGGCAAUGGUACCCUUACGCUGGAUUCGUCCAUACGGUCGGCCUUGACCUUUGUCCAGGGCAAGGGUGUCGCGGAGUCGACCGUGACGUUCCGAAGUACUUUACAGCAUGCGCAGACGGCUUUGGCUCACGUCUCCUACGAACCGGCCCGAGACUACUUCACCUUCCCAUUAGUAGAUGUGGCGGCCGACACGGUCACGUUGGAGGUAGACGACCUCGGGAACGACUUCGGCGGCCUGCCCGAAGGCUUAGGUCAGAGGUGCGACUCAUUAAAAACGACGGGGUCCAUACGGAUCCAAAUCAACGCUGUCAAUGACAGGCCCCACGUCGCGGUGCCGGGUUCCGUGUACAGAGGCCUCCCGGGCGGCACGGACCGCUCGUCUUUGCGACGGGAUCUCGAGUUAAUACGAGUCAAGCCGCUGACGGUCGACGAGGAUGCGAUCUUGGAGCUCGGCCACUUGGUAAGUGUUGAUGAUGAUGGCGACGACCCGCGGGCCUUCCCGGCCGCCGAGGGCGCGCUCACUGUUUCUGUUGAGCAAGGCACGUUCUGGAUGGAUUGUUCUGGCGAAGAGCUUGAGGUGCGAGACGCUCCUUUCGCAACACAAGAACAAUCUACGGAGAACGGCUGGCGCACGGGUUCUAUCAGAAUAAGAGUAACGCCGGAAGACCGGGACCGUUGUUUGAAGUCAUUACGCUUCCGUGGUCUGAAGGAUGACCACUCAUUAAACAGCACGGAACCGAGGGCACACUUAACGGUAGGCUACGAGGACGGCGGCUACGGCUCGAUCCACGAAGCGGCCGGCGUCCGGGGCUGCAGGGCCUGCGCGCCGGCCUACGGUACUUCUGUGGUGGAACCGUCGCUGUUUGACGUGAAGACGAUACCUAUCAUCAUCCUCCCAAAAGCGGACCCGCCUUCUAUUCACUCACCCUAUGACGACGGUGUUUCCGUGGUGGUGGACGAGGACCACGACCUCUACUUACCUUCCAUAAAGGUGAUAGACCCGGACGACGCUGAAGCCUCCUAUGUCCUGCGGGCGUCCACGACGCACGGCGCCAUUUCUUUGGGUGUGGACGCCUGGUUCCAGUCGCCUCUGCGGUACGAGGUCGGCGACGGCGACGCUGAUAAGUCGAUCGUGGCGCGCGGACCGUUGUCCGCAGUAAACGCGGCGCUGGCCGGUCUGCUUUAUAAGCCGCCACGCGACUUCACCGCGACAGAUGAGAUUGAUCUGCUGGUCGAAGAUUUGACGAAUUUCGGGCGGACGGCCUCGUUGUCCAUACCUUUAAGGGUAGCGCCGUCCGUGACCUGGAACGACGCGCCGGUCCUCAGAAUCCCGAACGAGACGCGCGUCGGCACGCCUUGUCUAGCGGCGCCGCAGUCGUCGUUGCUACGGACGCGAGGGGUGUCGGACAAGCUGAAAGAGUACCCCCAGUGCGACCGGCGGCUCGCUGUGGCGGCCUUCGCCAACUUCGCGGAGGAUGUGCCGCGAAAGGCCUUUGCCGGUAUUUCAGUAAGUGACGCGGACGGUUCAAGGCUGAAGGUCACUUUGGUAACGUUGCGAGGGACGCUGCGCGUCGACCGGUUUGAUAGUUUGGGUCUCGAGAGUCUCGUCAAGGAGCCCAAACGCCUAGAAGUGCGCGGCGAGCCCGAACUACUGAACAAAGCCUUCGCACAACUAGAAUACGUGACUGAUCCAAAUUGGUACGGUGUAGAUCAUUUGAACAUAACAGUACACGAUGCGCACAAUCAUUACGACAAAGCCACGAUCCUCCUAGACGUAGCCAGUAGGCCGGACGCGCCUUACGUAGAAAUGCGUCGCGAUGACGAAGCGUCUUACUACAGAGGCACGACCGGUGAAACGAGGUAUGACGAAGGUAACUGGAAGAGGGUGCUGCAGUUCGAAGUAAACGCCGAGGAGGACCGGAGGAUCAGGCUGCCGUCAUUACGAGUUAGAGAUUUAGACGCGGAGGCGAAUAGUGAAACGCUGGAAGCCGCCACACGUGGUGGAAUGACGGCAGCCUCGGCAAUACGAGAGUUGGUGGGCGGUGUGCAAGUACCCCAAGCGUUCGAGAAUCAUAAAAUAGAGCAGGACGCGACGCUACGACUGGACAUAAGUGUCGAGCAUGGGAAAAUUAGUUUGUGUUCCAUACGCUGCCCCGGUGUGCUGUUCGUGGAGGCCGCGCACGAUAGGGACGCUUCCCGUAGAACGGGUCCCGCGACGGAUGGAGAUGUGGUGCGACAGGGCUGGCCCGAACUCGUCGAAGGCGGCCGGGCCGCGACCGGCGAGAUCCUCCAGCUGCUCGAUGCGGCCCCUGUUCGUAGAGAGGACGGUCUCCUGACCGGGACUAAUCUGAAGUGGUGGCGCAACGCGACCCUUCGAGGUACGGCCGCCAACCUCAACGCGGCGCUGUGGGACAUGCACUACUGGCCGGCCUUGAACUAUAAUAGUGACGAUGGUCGUAGUAGAGACCACCUCUCUUUGACAAUAGCUGAUGGUGAUAAAGCGCAUACGGUCGAUGCGGCUAUUAGCAUAGCGGCGGUCAAUGAUAGACCAGUGGUCCGGGCCGCUCGUCUAGAAACGGUGAGCGUCACAAACAAAGGCGACACACAAACCACCGGAGACGGGUUAUCUCUGGUAGCGGUCGGUGUCAACGACGACGCGCUCGUCACUACCGAAGACGAGCCUCUGCCUUUGACAGAUCUGUUCACGGUGCGCGACGUCGACACCGACGCCGCGCUGGAAAUUGCCAUUACGACGACGCAUGGACGGAGCUCCUUCUCUUCACAAGUGAGCGAGGUCGUCUUUCUGGAGCCAAGUGACUUCGUCAUGAGUCGUGGUUCUUCCCACAUCAAGUUCCUAGCGACCGAGGCCAAAGCGAAUAGUUUGUUAGCUUCCUUGAUCUUCACGCCGUUGCGAGACUGGCAUGGCAAGGCCUCUCUGACUGUUACGUGUAACGACCGCGGCGGUCUGUCGCACUCGCAAGCCGUCAAAAUUAGAGUAAGGAAAGCGAACGACGCGCCCGUCGUCACGGCACCGGAAUUAGCAGGUGGCUACGCCCUCUACCUGGACCAGGGCGGUCGCGGUAAGCUAGAAGGCGCGUCGCACGAGGAGGCCGGUCGCUACUAUCGACAAACAAUGUGGACUGAAGAAGAAGCUUCUGCGUAUGUCUAUGACGAGGAUGUCAUCGAGUAUCAGUAUCCCUCUUCAUUGGAAGCGCACUUGGGGUACGAGCUCUGGUCGUCACGACCGACGCGCGACUACGACGUCGACCUUAAGUUUUACGACUCCGAACCUAUCGUAGGGUGGGAGUCGGCGCCCGUGCAUGACAUCUCACGCCCUAGAUACUUCGUCAACUACCAGGAGCGACUCUUCUUCGCUGCGGAGGAUGAUCAACAUGGCGCCGAGCUGUGGAGCACGGACGGCUCCAUCACGAACAUGAAUGCUGAUAUUAUGCCUGGUAGAAGAGGGAGUGAUCCCCGCUAUCUCACGAAAUAUGAAGACUUGCUCUACUUCUCUGCGGCCGGUCACGCCGCGGACGAGUGGCGGAUCGACCCGAAAUACCGGGACGAAUGCGACUCCAUGCGGCGAGCUUCUUUCGAUAGUGAUGUUGCGUUCGUCGUCUCCGCAAAUAAUGUGUGGGAGCCAGGAAAGACGUACGACUGCCCCCGGGGCUGGCGCUGGAUGAACUCUGAGGAAGCGCUCACCGUUUUCACGGGCCGGAACUACGGCCCGUCGCAAGGUGGGAGAGAUGAAAACCCUCUGAAGAAACGUCAUGACCUGGCCACUGAUGAAGAAAGGGUCUACUAUUCCCAAUGUGGCUGGGAGGCCUGGUCCUACGAAAAUGUGCAGCGCGAGCACUUCCGCUUCUCCGACAGUCAUGUCACGGGUUUAUAUAAGGCGGCGUCGUCUCCCGACUCCCGGAGACCGGACGUCGACCUGGUCAAGGGCGGCUGGCGGGGUGUGUCACUGAAAACGUCAAGGUUUGCGGGCAUCGUGUGUAGAGCGGAUCCGGACUCGUAUGACGUGGCACCUUCCGGUAGGGAGCUCUGGGCCUCCGACGGCUCGCCGCAAGGCACGUUUCGUGCCGUUAAUUCCGCGUCGCAUUCUGACCCCCAGUAUCUCUGUGUUUUUGAUGGAGCGUUGUUCUUCGGUGCGAUGUCCGAACAUGGGCGAGAACUCCACCGCUUCUCGAAAGAAGAUGAAGAUGGGAGAGGCGUCAUGCGCCUCGUCGCAGACGUACGGAGGGGCCCCGACGGUUCGGACCCGAAAUACUUGCAAAGCUGCGGUAAUGUCCUGUGGUUCGUCGCAAAUGAUGGGUUGAGAGGGGACGAAUUGUACGCGUCGGACGGCGGGUUGGGGUAUCUGAAUAGAGAUGCGGGUGAUUCCGCAAAUGAUAACGUGCUAUACGAACAACGAGGGGAAUCAGGGACGAGACUAGCGAGGGACAUAAGACCGGGCAAAGGUUCUAGCUCGCCGGACCACUUCGUCUGCUUGAAUAAUGUGCUACUAUUUGCGGCCAGUGACGACGGUCACGGCCGGGAGCUGUGGCGCGCGGCCUGGGCCGAUUUAACUGAUUCUACUACUUUACAAGUAACACGCGUCGCGGACGUCCACCAAGGGGCCGGCUCGUCGUCCCCGGAGUACCUCGCCGUGUUACACAACAAAGUUUAUUUCUCUGCUGAUGAUGGCCGAGUGGGGCGGGAGCUCUGGAAGACGGACGGGACUAAGGCGGGCACGCGGCUCGUGGCCGACGCUCGACUAGGUUCGUUGGGCUCGUCGCCUAGAUACCUGACUCGGCUAGAUAACAGGCUCUUCUACGUCGCGCGCACGCCAGAUCCCGCGGACGAGGUCGAUCGCUCGAUAGAAGCCCCGGUUGCUACCCGAUUGUGGGCGACGGACGGCACGCGGGCCAACACUAAACCAGUCUUCGACACGACGGUUAUGGAUCUGGACCGAAGGAGUUUAGAUGAAGGCGGCGGCGCGCUGGCUUCCUUAAAAAAUGCGUUGUACUACCCCGCGCGGCGCGGCGCUAUGCAAUUGGACGGCGGUUUGAAUGGAGGCCACGCGUCGCAACGGAAGGGCCGGCCCCAGGCGUUCGCCGUGCACGACGCUGAUGAUGACGUGCUCACGCUCGUGUUAGAUGUUCUACCGAGAGAGGCGGGCGGCCUGUCGUUGGAUGUGGCGCCGCCUCCCUCAAUUGAAGUGCUGGCGGGCGACCUUACACGCGAUUCAACACAGACGUUCCGCGGGACGAGCGCGCAGUUGAAUCUGUUGCUGGCCGACCUAUGGUUUGUGGCGGCGCCGCAGUAUGCAGGCGCGGUCGAGAUCCAGGCGUCGGUGCGCGACGACCCGCUCCACUGUAUAGCGAACGUCACGGACGGGUGCGAGCGCGGCGAGAAUGCCACAGGGGUGGCCACGAUGCGCGUCUUCGUGCGACGGCACAAUCAGGCGCCGACCGUUUCUCUGGUGAAGGGACCCAUUGGGGCGUCGGCCGACGGCUGGAACCGCUUCGAGGGCUUCGCAUCCAUUGGCGAUCCGGACGCCGACGACGCGGACCUCGGCGUCGACGCGUCGACGGGUUUGAGGAUCGAGCCGCGGCUCGUCGUGACCGUGACGGUGCAAAAGGGCGUCGUCUCGCUCGGCGCUACUGAUGCAAGGCUGUCCUUCAUCGAGGGCACCGGCGUCGAGGACCGCCGCGUCGUCGUCGACGCUUCGGUGGAGGCGCUGAACGACGCGCUGGGCGUCGUGACCUACGCGUGUGAGAACUGCGAGCUCGGGAGCGACACGAUAUCUGUGGAAGUCGACGACGGGGGGUUCAGUGGUUUGGGCGGGCCGCUCACUGCGUCAGGAUCCGUCGAGGUGAGCAUCGUACGGAGGUAG